GCAGAGCGAGCGGGAAGUUGAACCAUUUGUAAAUUACUGGCAGAAAAGUGUUUUAUGGGAAAUAUUAACAAAUGACCAACAGAGCAAAGACGAACUUUUCUUGUGAUAUUUUUGACAGUCAUACACUUGAAAACAAAGUACUUAGCCUGCUUACUAUUUAUUACAGGCACCUGGAAAGCUAACAUAUGUACGUGAUAGUAUUCGUUUUUGGCGAGCUUUCUUGUAGAUACGGGCAGCCAGAGCCAUUUUAUUUAGAAUAAAUAAAUACGUUACCCUUCUAACGUCGUUAGCUAGAUAACGCCUCGCUAGUUUCGACUAAGGUAAGGAUGGGGGACAGGACCCUCCUGCGGGAACUAAAGCGGUGGGCGAUUGAAGAAUUUAAUCUACCACCCCAAAGUCUCCCAAACGACAACUACUUUAAAACGUUAUGUGUUGGCCCAGGAGCCUCAAUAUGGAGAUAUGUCACACAACAUAUUUUCAAUCAGAGGAAUGUCAGGGUUAUGCGUGGAAAUCUUCAGUGGUACAAAGUUCUACAAGAUAAGGAGUUAAAAAAGGUAGCGGGGCAGAGUGAUGCUGCUAAGCGGCUUGAGCUUCAGGAGCAGAUAGAGGAGCUGAGAGCUGAACUCAACCACCUGGACUCUCAAAUCAAUGGGACUGAAGCACAGCUAGUUACUGAAGAAGUGUCCAUUAACUGGAGCUGGGAAGUGGUGGAGGAGAACCAACGCAGGGAGCUGCUUUUACAGGCCUUUAAGCAGCGCUGCAUGAAUGAGCGCCAGGUUCUCUCAGAGGAUACCCGCAAAAUCAGUGGACACUCCCAGGUUCUGGAGCAGCUGUCUAGGAAGGCAGAGCUGGAGGUGGUGUUUGGAAAUGAAGCCUCCAAUAGCAGUGGGGAAUAUCUCAACCCAACAGGAGCAGAGCCUCAGGUUUUGCGUAAUGUGAGAGAGCUGUGUGAUGAAAGACUCCUCUUCUUCCAGUCUUUACAAGAGAGUGAGCUGAAAAUGGCAUCCUCCACUGCCACACACUUGACUCGUGAACAGAGAACUGCAGUAUUUCACCAUUGGUUAAGUGCUGUGGAGGACAUGUUGCGAUGCUAUCCUCCAAACCAAGUGUUGUCAGCCUUGCAGUACCUGGCCUUGGGACAGGAAAUUACAUUGCAGGAGAAGCUUGCCUCAUUGGAUGUGGCUCAUGAUGUUGCCGCAUUACGGUUUCGCUACGAGAGUAAUCACCUGUUAGACAUCUCGAAAGAAGAGGAAGAGCUACCACCCGUUAAGACUCUUUUACAGUCAGCCUGGGAGGAGGUGGAACAGAGUCUGAUGGAACUGGCUCAAACGCGUUCACAAAUUCAACAGCUGAAGACCCAGUUUCAUGCCCGAAAGAAUGAGGCAGAGUUGGAGCUCCUUGGUGGGGAAUCUCAAACCCAAGCCCUGGCGCAGUCAGUGUUUGAGCUGGAGAUGCAGUGUGUGAUGCAGGUAGCAGUGCGAGAUGGUGUGCGAAACCAGUGUGUUGAAAUGGAGCAACAUGCCAGGGACAGACAGGAGGCCCUUCGCAACCUGCGGAGACAAUGGCAGAGCAUCACGGACUUCAGACAGCUUGUGGACGUCAGGCAGGAACAGACAAGAGGUCUGAUCAAGGGGAAUUCAACAGCUAAGACUGAACUGACUCGCGUGCACAAGGAGAUUGGCCAGUUUGUCCAGGGAAAACUGACUCCCCAGUUUGGUGAAGUUCUUUCAGCAGCCAAUAGGCUUCACAACUCUGUGUCCCAGGAGGCCAGACAGUUUGGAAACGUGUCACUAGUAACACUUGAUCGCAGGCUCAUUGAAGGCGAGCAGAGAAUUCCAGCUGCGUGGUUAUCUAUCCAUCGCUUGCAUUCCUCGCCCUUCCACAAUCUAUGUCAAAGCAUGGCUUUUCCAAUGUACAGGGCCCCUGAGGAACUGUACUCGCAAGCUCUAUCCCAGCAUUUGGAGCUUCGCUUUCUGCGUCGUUUGCUGCAAUUUCACUCCUCCUCUUUAGCAAAUGUAGAGAAGCAAGGAGCGCUGCUACCUGCACCUGACCAACAAGCCCUCCUGCUACGUGUCCUGGAGGAAGAUAAGGAGCUGCUUCAGUCUUUGUUACCCAGGGUUUGGGAGCUCACCCAGUGCUGCUCACAGGGCCUUUCUUACGGGAAUCAGGUCAAGACUGCCAUUUCCUAUUGGUGGGAUCAGCCUUCUCAGUUUGCUCUGCCUGACAUGCGCAAGGGGGGACUGACUUUUCAGCAGUGGCUACAGAGGUGGAAAUUUGCAGCCAAGGCUUCUUAAUGAGUUCCAUGGAAAAUAGACAAGUGCAUAGAUGGACAACAAUACUUGUCUAAAACUACAAUUUUAUUCCCACUAAGGUUAAUUUACUAUAUUGUUAGUUUUUCACAUCUCCUUUUUGCCAUUCAAUGUACACUACAUUGCCAAAAGUAUGUGGACACCCUUUCAAAUUAGUGGAUACGAUUAUUUCAGGCACACUCGUUGCUGACAGGUGUAUGAAAUCGAGCACACAGCCAUGCAAUUGCUAUAGUCAAACAUUGGCAGUAGAAUGGCUCGUACUGAAGAGCCCUGUGACUUUCCAAAAAGUCAUUUUUUUCCUUCAUAUUUCUGCCCUGCCAUAGCUGCCCCUGUCAACACAGUGCUGUUAUUGUGAAGUGGAAAUGUCUAGGAGCAACAGCCCAACCGCAAAGUGGUAGGCAACACAGGCUCACAGAACAGGAUUGGCGAGUGCUGAAGCGAGUAGCGCGUAGAAAUCUUUUGCCCUAGGUUGCAACACUCACUACCGAGUUCCAAACUGCCUCUAGAAGCAAAGUCAGCACAUUACUGAUCAUCGGGAGCUUCAUGAAAUGGGUUUCCAUGGCUGAGCAGCCGCACACAAGCCUAAGAUCACCAAGCGCAUUGCCAAGCGUCGGCUGGAGUGGUGUAAAGCUCGCCACCAUUGGACUCUGGAACAUUGGAAACACGUUCUCUGGAGUGAUGAGUCACACUUCACCAUCUGGCAGUCAGACGGAUGAAUGACAAUGCUACUUGCCUGAAAGAAUAGUGUCGUGGAGGAGGAAUAAUGGUCUGGGGCUGUUUUUCAUGGUUCGGACUAGGCCCCAUAGUUCCAGUGAAGGGAAAUCGUUACAGCAAACUAUUCUGUGCUUCCAACUUUGUGGCAACAGUUUGGGGAAGCACUUUCCUGUUUCAGCAUGACAAUGCCCCCAUGCACAAAGAGAGGUGCAUACAGAAGUGGUUGGUUGAGAACUUGCUUGGCCUGCACAGAGCCCUGACCUCAACUCCAUCAAACACCUUUGGGAUGAAUUUGAACGCUGACUGCAAGCCAGGCCUAAUUGGCCAACAUCAGUGCCCAACCUAACUAAUGCUCUUGUGGCUGAAUCGAAGUCCCCGCAGCAAUGUUCCAACAAUGUUCCAACAUUCCCAGAAGAGAGGAGGCUGUUAGAAAAAAGGGUGGGACUAACUCUAUUAAUGUCCAUGAUUUUGGAAUGAGAUGUUCGACGAGCAGGUGCCCACAUACUUUUUCUGUGCCGUGUAUAUCACAAGUAAAUUGCUGUUGUCUUUAUGCCAUUAAAUCAACCUUACCUGCACUUUCUUUUUCUUAAAGAGUUUGACGGUUAAACUCAAUCACAAAUGUAAUCCUAUUUGAACAAGACCGUUACGUUAGUAGUUAUCCAUAUCAUCAAUACAUACACAAAAGUAAAUUGAGGAGUAGUUUGUUGAAAUAAAUUAGCUUGUUAUUCCAUAAAUAGGACCACUUUGUCAAUGGUAUAGUUUUUCUCAGUCUGGAUGUUUGGAGUUGUAUGAAUACUUAUAAAAUUGUAUUCAUCAGAUACACACAACAGGUAUAGUUUGUGCAGCGAAAUGCUUGUGCUACCUCCCUUAAAUUCAGUGCAAUAAAAAAAUAACAAGUAAUAGAAGAGUAUGCAUAGCUGAUAUGUAUAGAGUAUGAAUGUGCUAUGCCAAGUAUGACUGUAUUUACAAAUAAAGUAUCUAAUACAAAUA